AAAAAAAAAACCCCUAUCUCUCUUUCUCUCUCGCAAUUUUGCAUCGGAAAAAAAAAUCUCUGGAUUUUGAUUCUUUUGAAAGCAUUCAUCGGUUCUGUAGGGUUCUCCAACGAUUUAUUUUAUAUUCGUCUGUUUGCAAUUUCUGGAUCGAAGUUUUUGGUUUCUCUGUAUAAGUUUUUUUUUUCACCGAUCCGAAUAUUUUGAUAUGGCCGAUUCUAGGAAACGAGACUCCGGAGAAGAUGAUCGUCACCGUGAUGAUCAGCCAAAUGACGGCGAUGAUUUCUCGUAUGAUUCUCGAUCUAACGGAUUUGAAGGGGAGACUGAAUCGACGAGGACCGAGAGUAGUGUUUCAGAUCCGUUGACUGAAGAAACCGGAGGAGGUGGCGGAGACUUUUUGGUUGGUGAGGAUAGGGUUUUACGGUGGCUGCAAGCUCUGGAUAUGCAAGUUAUGGGAGCUUGUCGAGGUGACGAGAGGUUGAAGCCGUUGUUGAAGCUUAACGUCUCUAACGGGAUGGCUGAAGAUCGAUUGCUUGCUCAUCUUAGCCAGCACUUCGAGCCGGCUGAAAUUGGUAUGCUGGCUAGAUGUUUUUGCAUACCUCUGGUUUCCGUUCGCGUCGGGAAGAUUAAGAAGGACGGCAUUCUAAUGCGCCCCACUACCACAAGGGGUAACUUGAGCCUUAUCGUCUUGCCAACAUCCGACUUGAGACUUUCAUUUAUCGGAGACAAUGGCCAUUCAGAACAACUCUUUACAUAUAGCAGUAAAUCUCAGUGCUCUGCCGUGUCAAUUGAGGAGAUAAAUGCUGACAGCUCUGGUAGAUCUUUUGUCAUAAGGAUUGCAGACGGCAAUGCUUUCUACUAUUGGUGCUCAGAGAAGUCAAAACUUCUGGGAACUGAAUUGCGUAGGAAGAUGAAAGACUUGAUAAAAAAGAAGCCAUCAAUCUCGGAAUUAACUGGAAUUGAAGAAUCGCGUCUUGGCUCCGUUGCUUCUCAUCUCCGUUUGUAUCUUAUGGGUUCAGUAGUGCCCAACAUCAAAGGUUGUCCGGUCCCAACUCCUGAAUCAUUAUCGUCUUCUGGCUCUUCUGAAACGGCUGAUUCUUCCUCCUCGAGUGCAUCAUCAAAAUCUCUUAGAGCACGCCACAGUGGGACUCAACUGACAAAGGCCCAAGGAAGCCUCAGCCCUAGAUCAAGCUCCUUCAAAGAAAACACAAUGAAAAAUUCUUCUCUACGAAUCUCCUCUAGAGAUAAAUCAAAAAGACGCAGUGAAGGGCAUUUUCCAAUCUUUGAUAAUUUACCCAUUACUUCCACCCCCACCAAUCUAGAGGGCUUUAUACAGUUGGAAGGAGAAGGUGAAGAAACCGCUGAGGAGAAUAAUGGAAGCAGUCAAUUUAUUGCUUUCGGAGCAGCAGAAUUAACACCAAGUACAAUGACCGGACCACCACAAUUUCCUUUGAAGAUGGGUCCACCAGUCUUUUCACCUUAUUACUGCUGGUGCCCUCCGAGCACCUCAUCGCUUCACGCAACAUCUGCCUCUUAUCAGUUCCCACCACUAUCCAUCGAGCUACCUUCACUUCCGCCCCUUUCCUCCUUAUUGCCAUCAUCGUUGUUACCAGCAUCAGGAUCAGAUGGGUUUUUGAUUCCAUCAUCACCGCUUGAUCUCUCGGACAUCCCUCCAUUACCUUUAGUCCACCACAUACCCAUGACGGGCUCCUCAUCAUCAUCCCAGCAGAUGAUGAUUCCUAUAAUGUGCGACCCUAUUGUUCAUAUUCCAGUCAUUGAUAUCUGCUCAUCGGGUCAAGGCUAUCUAGUAAGUGCAGGACCCACCGGGAUGAUACCCACAGGCAUCUCUCCGAUCCCGGUGGAGAAUGAUUCUCUGGUAGAGAAAGGCGCAAGAGAAACACUACGGUUGCUCAUAAGUGGAGCCAGUGCAACAACCACUGCUCCUUUGAACCACCAUGGAAGCAGGGGUCUGUACAGUGGGAACCGGGAUGUGAGUGGUGUGAGCUUGUUUGCACCUAUUGGGCUGCAACAACCGAGUUCAGGGGAUGGAGGAGAUGGUGGUGGUGAGAGUGUGAACUCAGGCGAAGGAGUGCCUGCGCCUCCCAGAGAGACUUCUGGUUAGUGUUUUUGGUUUUGUUUGGGGUUCUAUGUAAGUGUGUUUUAAGUGUAUAGCAAGUGGGGGCGGUCGUGAAACUCAUCUCUCAGCUUCGUUCUUGGUUUUGUUCACGCUCUAGUCUUUUGUCUCAGAUGUAAUUAGUCGGGGUUUUUUGUAGCUUGCUUAUUCACCUUUGUUAUUUCCGAGUUUCAAAGGAAGCUAAGAAAUACGAUAAUAAUAAAAAAGUUAUUUGGCAAAUUUUAAAUA